GCAAUUGUUUCUGGCUACAUAAUGUUGAUAGUAAUUCUUGUUGGCGGCACGGAUAUCAUCAUCAAGAUCUCAAGCUCCAUCUCCUCGGCACAUCCUACAUGCAUCCAGAAUGUCCAACGCACCUCUGCUCAUGUCAUUGUCAAGCGCAAGAAGUACGACUCCAUCACAUCUGAACUCACUGCUCUUCACUGGCUCCCUAUACAACAGCGUAUCAAAUUCAAAGUUCUUCUUCUUGUGUACAAAGCUCUCCAUAAACAUUUGCCAUCCUACAUAUCUGACUUACUCUGCAACCACAACGCAGACAGCUUAGAUCAUCCACAUCUUCUAAUCAGUUUAUUAUGCCCAGAACCCAUGCUGUGUCAUUUGCAGAUCGCUCACUCUCCUGUUUUGGACCAAAGGAAUGGAACAGUCUCCCUAACCACAUCAAGGAUGCUAUUAAACACUAUUCUCGUUUUCAAGAAACUCCUCAAAAGUUUACUAUUCCAACAAGUGUAUCAACAUUAACUUCAUCCAACUGUCUUGAGCGCCUUUGACCACCUUUGGUUGAUUUUGGCGCUAUAUAAAUUAUCUCUGA